AUGCCCUGCUGCUUGGCUUGGAAUCAAACUAGCCUAUCAUGCCCUUUCUUCAUUCCUAUAUGGACCCAUAUUCCUAUGUUCUUCCAAUGUUUACUGUAUUACUGGGAUUCCUAUUUACUGAACCAUAUCAAAGAAGCUACUUUCUUUCUGGCUUUUAUACCCAGGUAUAAAGGGAUAGACAGUCUAAGAGAGUGCCAAGAAACAACACAUACCUAUCACUUUUGGAAGGUUUGGAACCCUCGAUUCAUCCGACUCAAGGAGAAAAAGAGAACAAGAUGGGGGGGCUUGCCUCCUCGUUCCCUUUUACCUAUGCCAUGA